CCGAUAUAUAUCCUCUCACUGGCACCGAGAUCCGGCGAUCUCUCCUUCUCUCUCGAUUGGGACGGCGAGGAACCCUAGAAUUCCAUGUUUUUGAUCCAAAACUCGAAGGAUUUGAUUGCCGAUUGAUCAAUUGAGCUGCCGAUAUCAGAGAUAUUCAUAAGGAGGUUGUGCUAAUAAUACAUUUCAAUAUUGUGGCAAAAUAUUUGGAAAGAGCGCUGAAGGGGAGCGAAACAAAAUUUUCAAGGAUUUUUGUGGCAAGUUAAGCCAUGAAUUCAAGAAGAGAUUACCGUAACCACAGAACUGCUUUGUUUGAUGGCAUUGAAGAAGGUGGAAUUCGGGCUUCGCCCUACGGUUCCCAUGAGAUCGAUGAACAUGACAAUGAGAGAGCUAUGGAUGGGCUACAGGACAGAGUCAAUAUACUCAAAAGAUUAACAGGUGAUAUACACGAAGAGGUAGAGGGUCAUAACCGGUUUCUAGAUCGAAUGGGCAAUGAUAUGGAUACAUCGAGAGGAGUUCUUUCGGGAACCAUGGAUCGAUUUAAGAUGGUUUUUGAGACCAAAUCAAGUCGUCGUAUGGCAACUCUCGUUGCAUCAUUCUUGGCUCUCUUCUUGCUCAUAUAUUACCUUACAAAGUAGUCGUCGUCUCUAAUCGGUUUUAUGUGUAUAAAACUUGUGUGGUUUGGUAUAUUUGUUGAAUCUUCUUUGUUUUAUCGUCA